AUGAGGCUCUUCGUGAAGUUUCCUCUUUUCUGGGGUUCGAGGGACGGCUCGCGAGAAAAUGAGACGAGGCCUCUCAUACCAAAGGAAGACAAGGAUCCGGAGGUUUCAUCUGUUCUUACUCGUGAGGAUACAGCUGGGGUGCCUGAUGGGAACCCAGAGCCAGCGGAAGGAGGAGGCCCAAGCGGCACCUCUGCACGGGGGGGGAACCGGCUGCCAGUCAGUAGGCCCUUCAUCCUGACCGACUGCUUGCUGAAGUACCUUCUCAUCUUCAGCAAUCUGAUAUUCAGCGUUGUAGGCCUGGUCACGCUGGCCCUGGGAUUGUGGGGCCUCGCGGAGAAGGAGUCCCUGGCCCAGGAGAAGAUUGGCCACAUUGGCACGGACCCCAUGCUGCUGUUCAUCACACUGGGACUGAUGCUGUCCCUCCUGUGCCUGUCGGGCUGCGUGGGUGCCGUGCGGGAGAACGAGUGCCUGCUCCAGGCCUUCAGUGCCGGGCUGCUGGUACUGGUGAGCGCCCAGGUACUGGCUGCUAUAGUGCUCUACACCCUCCAAGGGCAGAUCGAAGGAUACGUGCGCUCAGUAAUGCUCACAGCCAUAUCCCGGUACCAGGACGACCUGGACUUCCGUUUCAUUGUGGACGAGAUCCAAACAGGUCUUCAGUGCUGCGGGGCAGACACUUACCAGGACUGGGAGAUCAACAUCUACUUCAAUUGCUCAGCACCAGGGGUUCAGGCAUGUGGAGUUCCCGCUUCCUGCUGCAUAGACCCCCUGGAGAAUGGGACAGUAUGGAACUCGCAGUGUGGACUGGACACGCGCCUCCUGAACGAGUUCUCUGCUCAGAGCGUGGUCUUUCUGGGGGGGUGUCUCGGGGGUGCCGCUCGCUGGAUUGAGAGGCAUGCAGGGGUCAUCGGGACAGUUGAAGUGGUUUUCCUGGGGGUCCAGGUGCUGAGCACUUGCAUUGCAAUGCGUCAACUGGACAAUAUUCGCAGAACCAAGAUGGACCACUGGUGA